AUGGCGGACCAAAAUCUUGAAGACUGCCACGAAAAGAAUGUAGAUGUCUUGACAAUCGAUGCGAAAGCCUUACAGGCACUUCUGAGUGCGGGCGAGGUCACAAGUCUGGGUCUUGUCAGGCAAUAUGUAGCUCAGAUUAAAAAACACGAUGAAAAGCUUCAUGCAAUGAUUCGAAUCACUCCCAAUGACCUGCUCGAGGAGGCUGCCAAAUCACUGGAUGAAGAACGGGCUGCCGGGAAGACUCGUGGGCCUUUGCAUGGCAUCCCGAUCAUUAUUAAGGAUAACAUCGCUACCCAUCCGAGCCUUGGUCUUCCCACCACCUGCGGAAGCCUUGCACUCUUGAGCUCGAAGCCCAAGAAAAAUGCCGGAAUCAUCGACCAACUCAUUGAUGCUGGCCUUAUCAUUCUUGGAAAGGCUAAUCUUGCUGAAUUUGCCAAUGCUAGGGGAUCCGACAUGCCUAAUGGCUGGUCCGCAGUGGGUGGUCAGACACAUUCAGCUUAUAUCUGUGAUGGAAUUGAUCCAAACGAUUCACCAGAAGGCCACUCGAACCCCUCAGGAUCUUCUUCAGGUUCAGCCGUGAGUGUCUCAGCUGGCUACGCACCAUUUGCCAUUGGAACAGAGACAGAUGGGUCGCUUGUUGCCCCAUCUGGUCGGGCUGCGCUGUACACAAUCAAACCAUCGAUUGGACUGGUUUCCCAAGAUGGUAUUAUACCGGUUUCCAGCAAUUUUGAUGCAGCUGGACCCAUGACAAAGUCAUCGUAUGAUUUGGCUGCUCUCUUGGAUAUCCUUAUUAAAAAACCUGCGUCAGUGUCUUUCACAAAUCACUUGACCUGCUCAUGGUCUGAUAUCUCUGUUGCGUUUCUCGACCCUGAUGCAUGGAAAGGUUCCGAGGACGACAUUAAGCCCGUUGACGACGCGGAGGCUCAGAUGAAGCGCGAGAUUCGCCAGGCGUAUGAGGUCAUCAAACCAAAGGUAAAGAAGUUCGUCGAGAAUAUCGAUCUAGUCUCGCCUGAAACGUUCAGAAUUGACAGAGAGGGAAGCGAAUGGGCAAUUAUUCAGGCGGAUAUGAAGCCCCAACUCAAUGCUUAUUUUGAAGGCCUUGAAGAGAGCGAGGUCCGGUCCCUUGCAGAGGUGAUUGCUUUCAACGAGAAACACGCCGAUCUGGAGCUGCCCCCGCAUCACCCUAGACAAGACAACUUCAUCAAUUCCGAAAACCAGCAACUCUCGACAGAAGAGUAUGACCGACACCUCUCAUACCUGAGGCACAUGGGAAGAGAAAAAGGCGUGGACUUGGCACUGAAUACUUAUGGUGUCGAUGUCAUACUGGGUUCUAUUGACAGCGGUCUCACGUCCUUGGCAACAGCUUCUGGCUACCCUCUCUGUGCAAUGCCGUUGUCAUACCUGGAUUAUAAUGGCCGCCCAUUUGGGGUUGCAGCCAUUGCAGGAAAACACCAAGAGCAUCUCUUGGUCAAGGUCAUGAGUGCCUGGGAAGCUACUUUUCCUGCACGAAAGCCUCCUCCACAACUCGUGAAGCUACCUUGA